AUGGCGCCGCCGCCGCCGCCCGUGCUGCCAGCGCUGCUGCUCCUGGCCGCCGCCACCGCCCUGCCCGCGCUGGGGCUGCGAGCGGCCGCCUGGGAGCUCCGCGUGCCCGGCGGGGCUCGCGCCUUCGCCCUGGGGCCCGGCUGGACCUACGCGUUGGACGCCGCGCGCACGCCCCGGGCGCUGCGGGAGCUGCUGGACGUGAACCGAGAAGGGCGGCUGGCAGGACGGCGGCGCGGGCUAGGCGCGGGGCCUCGGGGCUGCGCGCGCCUAGGGGGGCGCCCGCUGCCGCUGCACGUCCGGCUGGUAGCCCGUGGCUCUCCGACAGCGCUAAGCCUCCGCCUGCGGGCCCGCGCGCAGGGUCCUGGCUGCGGACCCCGGCCCCGGCCCCGACGGGCCCCUGGCGCAGAGCUGCGUGCGCGGGCUGUGCUCACGGUGCCGGGGCUGGGCGGGACGCUCUGCUUCCCUGCCCCCGGUGGCGGUGGGGCCACGCUGCACUCGGCGCUCGCGGCCCUCACCACCUUCCCCGCCUGCAGCUGCCCGGCGCGUCCGGGACCCCGCUGCCCUGGCCGCCCCAUCUGCCUGCCGCCGGGCAGCUCGAUCCGCCUGCGCCUGCUGUGCACACUGCGGCGCGCUGCGGGCGCCGUCCGGGUGGAGCUGGUGCUGGAGGCGGCCGCCGCGGGGACGCCCUCCGCGCCGCUGUCGCCGCCCUCCGCGCCGCUGUCCCCGCCACCGCGGAGCCUGCCGAGCCUGCCUCUAGCCGGGGCGGGUGUGGCGCGCCGGGCCCGGCGGGGCGCGGGCGGCAACACGAGCCCGCAGUUCCCGCUGCCCAGCUACCAAGUGUCGGUGCCCGAGAACGAGCCGGCGGGCACAGAGGUCAUCGAACUGAGCGCGCACGACCCGGACGAGGGCGAGGCGGGGCGCCUGAGCUACCAGAUGGAGGCACUGUUCGAUGAACGCUCCAACGGCUACUUCCUCAUCGACUCCGCCACGGGCGCCGUGAGCACGGCCCGCGCGCUGGACCGCGAGACCAAGGACACGCACGUCCUGAAGGUCAGCGCCGUGGACCACGGCUCGCCGCGGCGCUCGGCCGCCACCUACCUCACCGUCACGGUCAGCGACACCAACGACCACAGCCCGGUUUUUGAGCAGUCCGAGUACCGCGAGCGCGUGCGUGAGAACCUCGAGGUGGGCUACGAGGUGCUGACCAUCCGCGCCACUGACGGCGACGCGCCCUCCAACGCCAACAUGCGCUACCGCCUCCUGCAGGGCGCAGGCGGCGUGUUCGAGAUCGACGCGCGCUCGGGCGUGGUGCGCACGCGGGCCGCGGUGGACCGCGAGGUGGCCGCGGAGCACCAGCUGCUGGUGGAAGCCAAUGACCAGGGCCGCAACCCCGGGCCGCUCAGCGCCACGGCCACCGUGCACAUCGCGGUGGAGGACGAGAACGACAACUACCCCCAGUUCAGCGAGAAGCGCUACGUGGUCCAGGUGCCCGAGGACGUGGCAGUCAACACGGCCGUGCUGCGCGUGCAGGCCACGGACAGGGACCAGGGCCAGAACGCGGCCAUACACUACAGCAUCGUCAGCGGGAACCUGAAGGGGCAGUUCUACCUGCACUCCCUGAGCGGGAGCCUGGACGUCAUCAACCCGCUGGACUUCGAGGCCAUCCGGGAGUACACGCUGCGCAUCAAAGCGCAGGAUGGGGGCCGGCCUCCCCUCAUCAACUCCUCGGGGCUGGUGUCGGUGCAGGUGCUGGACGUGAACGACAACGCGCCCAUCUUCGUGAGCAGCCCCUUCCAGGCCGCCGUGCUGGAGAACGUGCCCCUGGGCCACUCGGUGCUGCACAUCCAGGCGGUGGACGCAGACGCCGGCGAGAAUGCCCGACUGCGUUACCGCCUGGUGGACGUGCCCUCCGCGGGCCCCGGGUCUGAGGACCCUGCCUCCGCCCCGGACUUCCCCUUCCAGAUCCACAACAGCUCGGGGUGGAUCACCGUGUGUGCCGAGCUGGACCGGGAGGCGGUGGAGUACUACAGCUUCGGAGUGGAGGCGGUGGACCACGGCUCGCCGGCCAUGAGCUCCUCGGCCAGCGUGUCCAUCACCGUGCUGGACGUGAACGACAACGACCCGGCGUUCACGCAGCCCGCCUACGAGCUGCGCCUGAACGAGGACGCCGCUGUGGGGAGCAGCGUGCUGACCCUGCGGGCUCGGGACCGCGACGCCAACAGCGUCAUCACCUACCAGCUCACGGGCGGCAACACGCGCAACCGCUUUGCGCUCAGCAGCCAGAGCGGCGGCGGCCUCAUCACCCUGGCCCUGCCGCUGGACUACAAGCAGGAGCGGCAGUACGUGCUGGCGGUGACCGCGUCCGACGGCACGCGCUCGCACACCGUGCAGGUCUUCAUCAACGUCACCGACGCCAACACCCACCGGCCGGUCUUCCAGAGCUCCCACUACACGGUGAGCGUCAGCGAGGACCGGCCCGUGGGCACCUCCAUCGCCACCAUCAUCGCCACGGACGAGGACACGGGCGAGAACGCCCGCAUCACCUACGUGCUGGAGGACCCCGUGCCGCAGUUCCGCAUCGACCCGGACACCGGCACCAUCCGCACCACGACGGAGCUGGACUACGAGGACCAGGCCGCCUACACGCUGGCCAUCACGGCGCGGGACAACGGCAUCCCCCAGAAGUCGGACACCACCUCCCUGGAGAUCCUCAUCCUCGACGCCAACGACAACGCGCCCCGGUUCCUGCGGGAUUUCUACCAGGGCUCUGUUUUCGAGGACGCCCCGCCGUCCACCAGCGUCCUCCAGGUCUCCGCCACGGACCGGGACUCCGGGCCCAAUGGCCGUCUGCUGUACACCUUCCAGGGCGGGGACGACGGCGACGGGGACUUCUACAUUGAGCCCACCUCUGGCGUGAUCCGCACCCAGCGCCGGCUGGACCGGGAGCACGUGGCCGUGUACAACCUGCGGGCGCUGGCCGUGGAUAGGGGCAGCCCCGCUCCCCUCAGCGCCUCGGUGGACGUCCAGGUGACGGUCCUGGACAUUAACGACAACCCCCCCGUGUUCGAGAGGGACGAGCUGGAGCUGUUCGUGGAGGAGAACAGCCCGGUGGGCUCGGUGGUGGCGAGGAUUCGCGCCCACGACCCCGACGAGGGCCCCAACGCCCAGAUCAUGUACCAGAUCGUGGAAGGCAACGUGCCCGAGGUCUUCCAGCUGGACCUGCUGAGCGGGGACCUGCGUGCCCUGGUCGAGCUGGACUUCGAGGUCCAGCGGGAGUACGUGCUGGUGGUGCAGGCCACGUCCGCCCCGCUGGUGAGCCGGGCCACCGUGCACGUCCGCCUCCUGGACCAGAACGACAACCCGCCGGUGCUGCCCGACUUCCAGAUCCUCUUCAACAACUACGUCACCAAUAAGUCCCACAGCUUCCCCACCGGCGUGAUCGGCCGCAUCCCCGCCCACGACCCCGACCUGUCCGACAGCCUCAACUACACCUUCCUGCAGGGCAACGAGCUGCACCUGCUGCUGCUGGACCCCUCCACGGGCGAGCUGCAGCUGAGCACGGACCUGGACAACAACCGGCCACUGGAGGCGCUCAUGGAGGUGUCCGUGUCCGACGGUGUCCACAGCGUGACGGCGCUCUGCACGCUGCGCGUCACCAUCAUCACGGACGACAUGCUGACCAACAGCAUCACGGUCCGCCUGGAGAACAUGUCCCAGGAGCAGUUCCUGUCCCCGCUGCUGGGCCUCUUCGUGGAGGGGGUGGCCACGGUGCUGUCCACCGCCAGGGACGACGUCUUCGUCUUCAACGUCCAGAACGACACGGACGUGCGCGCCAACAUCCUGAACGUGACGUUCUCGGCGCUGCUGCCGGGCGGCGCGCGGGGCCGGUUCUUCCCGUCCGAGGCCCUGCAGGAGCAGAUCUACCUGAACCGCUCGCUGCUGACCGCCAUCUCCACCCAGCGCGUGCUGCCCUUCGACGACAACAUCUGCCUGCGCGAGCCCUGCGAGAACUACAUGAAGUGCGUGUCCGUGCUGCGCUUCGACAGCUCCGCGCCCUUCCUCAGCUCCACCACCGUGCUCUUCCGGCCCAUCCACCCCGUCAACGGCCUGCGCUGCCGCUGCCCGCCCGGCUUCACCGGCGACUACUGCGAGACGGAGAUCGACCUCUGCUACUCCAGCCCCUGCGGCGCCCACGGCCGCUGCCGCAGCCGCGAGGGCGGCUACACCUGCGAGUGCUUCGAGGACUUCACCGGAGAGCACUGCGAGGUGGACGCCCGCUCCGGCCGCUGCGCCCACGGCGUGUGCAAGAACGGCGGCACCUGCGUGAACCUGCUCGUCGGCGGCUUCCGCUGCGUGUGCCCGCCCGGCGCCUUCGAGCGGCCCUACUGCGAGGUCACCACCCGGAGCUUCCCGCCUCAGUCCUUCGUCACCUUCAGGGGCCUGAGGCAGCGCUUCCACUUCACCGUCUCCCUCGAGUUUGCCACCCAAGAGAGGAACGCCCUGCUGCUCUACAAUGGCCGCUUCAACGAGAAGCACGACUUCAUCGCGCUGGAGGUGGUGGAGGAGCAGCUGCAGCUCACCUUCUCCGCAGGCGAGUCCAGGACGACGGUGGCGCCGCAGGUCCCCGGGGGCGUGAGUGACGGGCGCUGGCACUCGGUGCAGGUGCAGUACUACAACAAGCCCAACAUCGGCCGCCUGGGCCUGCCCCACGGGCCGUCCGGGGAGAAGGUGGCCGUGGUGACGGUGGACGACUGUGACACGGCGGUGGCCGUGCGCUUUGGGAGCUACGUGGGGAACUACAGCUGUGCCGCCCAGGGCACGCAGAGCGGCUCCAAGAAGUCCCUGGAUCUCACGGGGCCGCUGCUUCUGGGGGGCGUCCCCAACCUGCCGGAGGACUUCCCGGUGCACAACCGGCAGUUUGUGGGCUGCAUGCGGAACCUGUCGGUGGAUGGCAAGAACGUGGACAUGGCUGGAUUCAUCGCCAACAACGGCACCAGGGCAGGCUGUGCUGCUCAGCGGAACUUCUGUGACGGGACCUGGUGUCAGAACGGGGGCACCUGCGUCAGCAGGUGGAACACGUACCUCUGCGAGUGUCCGCUCCGAUUCGGCGGGAAGAACUGUGAGCAAGCCAUGCCCCACCCCCAGCGCUUCAGCGGCGAGAGCAUAGUGUCCUGGAGCGACCUGGACAUCACCAUCUCCGUGCCCUGGUACCUGGGGCUCAUGUUCCGCACCCGCAAGGAGGACAGCGUGCUGAUGGAGGCCACUGCCGGCCUGUCCUCCAGGCUCCAGCUGCAGAUCCUGAACAGCUACGUCCAGUUUGAGGUGUCCCACGGCCCGGCCGAUGUGGCCUCCAUGAGGCUGUCCAGGUCACGCGUGACCGACGGGGCGUGGCACCACCUGCUGAUAGAGCUGAAGAGUGCCAAGGACGGCAAGGACAUCAAGUACCUGGCGGUCAUGACCUUGGACUACGGGAUGGACCAGAACACGGUGCAGAUCGGGAACCAGCUUCCUGGGCUGAAGAUGAAGAGCGUCAUGGUCGGGGGCGUGUCUGAGGACAAGGUCUCCGUGCGCCGUGGGUUCCGGGGCUGCAUGCAGGGAGUGAGGAUGGGGGAGACGGCCACCAACGUCGCCACCCUGAACAUGAACGACGCCCUCAAGGUCAGGGUGAAGGACGGCUGUGAGGUGGAGGACCCCUGCGCCUCUAGCCCCUGCCCCCAGCACAGCCGCUGCCAGGACGCCUGGGACAGCUACGCCUGCGUGUGCGACAGAGGCUACUUCGGAAGAAAGUGCGUGGACGCGUGCCACCUGAACCCCUGCGAGCACGUGGCGGCCUGCGUGCGCGCGCCCGGCUCCCCGCGGGGCUACGAGUGCGCAUGCGGGCCCAGCCACUACGGGCGCUACUGCGAGAGCAGAAUCGACCUUCCGUGCCCCAAAGGCUGGUGGGGGAACCCCGUCUGCGGGCCCUGCCACUGUGCCGUCAGCAAAGGCUUCGAUCCCGACUGCAACAAGACCAACGGCCGGUGCCAGUGCAAGGAGAACUACUACAAGCCCCCGGCGCAGGACGCCUGCCUGCCCUGCGACUGCUUCUCCCACGGCUCCCACAGCCGCGCGUGCGACAUGGACACGGGGCAGUGCGCCUGCAAGCCCGGCGUCGUCGGCCGCCAGUGCAACCGCUGCGACAACCCUUUCGCCGAGGUCACCACUCUGGGCUGCGAAGUGAUCUACAACGGGUGCCCCAGAGCGUUCGAGGCCGGCAUCUGGUGGCCGCAGACCAAGUUCGGGCAGCCGGCCGCGGUGCCGUGCCCCAAGGGAUCUGUGGGGAACGCGGUCCGACACUGCAGCGGCGAGAAGGGCUGGCUGCCCCCCGAGCUCUUCAACUGCACCACUGUGUCCUUCAUGGACCUCAGAGCCAUGAAUGACAGGCUAGGCCGCAACGAGACGCAGGUGGACGGAGCCGGCGCCCUGCGGCUGGCCAAGGCGCUGCGCAACGCCACGCAGCAGACCGGCACGCUCUUCGGCAACGACGUGCGCACGGGCUACCAGCUGCUGGCCCGGCUGCUGCAGCACGAGAGCCGGCAGCAGGGCUUCGACCUGGCCGCCACGCGGGACGCCGACUUCCACGAGGACGUGGUCCACGCGGGCAGCGCCCUCCUGGCCCCGGCCACCAGGGCGGCGUGGGAGCAGAUCCAGCGUGGCGAGGGCGGCUCGGCGCGGCUGCUGAGGCACUUCGAGGCCUACUUCGGCAACGUGGCGCGCAACCUGCGGAGGACCUACCUCAGGCCGUUCGUCAUCGUCACGGCCAACAUGAUUCUCGCCGUGGACGUCUUCGACAAGUUCAACUUCACGGGAGCCAGGGUGCCUCGGUUCGAGGACCUCGACCAGGAGGUCCCCAGGGAGCUGGAGGCCUCCGUCUCCUUCCCGGCCGACUUCUUCAAACCGCCCGAGAGAAAAGAAGGCCCCGUGCCGAGGCCGGCCGGCCGCAGGGCCGCCCCGCAGACCGCGGGCCCCGGGCCCGGCGCCGAGAGGGAGGCCGCCGCGUCCAGCAGGCGGAGGAGGCACCCGGACGAGCCCGGCCAGUUUGCCGUGGCCCUGGUCAUCGUGUACCGGACGCUGGGGCGGCUGCUGCCCGAGCAUUACGACCCCGACCGCCGCAGCCUCAGGCUGCCCGCCCGGCCCGUCAUCAACACGCCGGUGGUGAGCGCCGUGGUGUACAGCGAGGGCGCCCCGCCCCCGCGCCCCCCGCAGCGGCCCGUCCUGGCGGAGUUCGCCCUGCUGGAGACGGAGGAGCGGACCAAGCCCGUGUGCGUGUUCUGGAACCACUCCCUCGCCGUCGGUGGGACCGGAGGCUGGUCGGCCAAGGGCUGCGAGCUGCUGUCCCGGAACCGGACGCACGCGGCGUGCCAGUGCAGCCACACGACCAGUUUCGCUGUGCUCAUGGACGUCUCCCGGCGCGAGCACGGGGAGGUCCUGCCCGUGAAGAUCGUCACCUACGCCGCCCUGUCCGUGUCGCUGGCGGCCCUGCUGGCGGCCCUCGUCCUGCUGGCGCUGGCCCGCACGCUGCGCUCCAACCUGCACAGCGUGCACAGGAACCUGGGCGCGGCGCUCUUCCUGUCCCAGCUGGUCUUCGUGCUCGGCAUCAACCGGACCGAGAACCAGUUCCUGUGCACGGUGGUCGCCAUCCUGCUGCACUACGUCUACAUGAGCGCCUUCGCCUGGGCGCUGGUGGAGGGGCUGCACGUCUACCGCAUGCUCACCGAGGUGCGCAACAUCGACGCGGGGCCCAUGAGGUUCUACUACGUCGUGGGCUGGGGCAUCUCCGCCAUCGUCACAGGACUGGCAGUUGGCCUAGACCCCCAGGGCUACGGGAACCCCGACUUCUGCUGGCUGUCCCUGCAGGACACCCUCAUCUGGAGCUUUGCCGGGCCCAUCGGGGCAGUUAUAGUGAUCAACACAGUAAUCUUUGUCAUGUCUGCAAGGGUGUCCUGCCAAAGAAAGCACCAUUACUACGAAAGAAAAGGCGUCGUCCCCCUGCUGAGGACGGCCUUCCUCCUGCUGCUGCUGGUCAGCGCCACCUGGCUCCUGGGGCUGCUGGCCGUGAACGGCGACACGCUGGCCUUUCACUACCUCUUCGCCGUCUUCAGCUGCUUGCAGGGCCUGUUCGUCCUCCUCUUCCACUGCGUGCUCAACAGGGAGGUCCGGAGGCACCUGAGGGGGGUGCUCUCUGGGAAGAAGCCGCACCCGGACGACUCGGCCACCACCAGGGCCACCCUGCUGACGCGCUCGCUCAACUGCAACAACACGUGCGGCGAGGGCCCCGACAUGCUGCGCACGGCGCUGGGCGAGUCCACCGCCUCGUUGGACAGCACCGUCAGGGACGAAGGGGUCCAGAAGCUCAGCGUGUGCUCGGGGCUGGCGCGCGGCGGCCACGGGGAACCGGACGCGCCCUUCGUGCCCAGGAGCUCCAGGAAAACGCAGGGCCACGACUCGGACUCGGACAGCGAGCUGUCCCUGGACGAGCAAAGCAGCUCCUACGCCUCCUCACACUCGUCGGACAGCGAGGAUGACGGGGCGGAAGCUGAGGACAAGUGGGACCCGGCCCGGGGCCCCAUCCACAGCACCCCCAAAGGGGACUUGGCGGCCAACCACGUCCCGGCCGGCUGGCCCGACGAGAGCCUGGCGGGCAGCGACAGCGAGGGCCCGGGCGGCCAGCCCCGCCUGAAGGUGGAGACCAGGGUCAGCGUGGAGCUGCACCGGGAGGAGCAGGGCGACCCCCGCGGGGACCGCGCCCCAGACCCGGACAGCACGGGCCCGGCCAGGCCUGCGCAGCAGCCCCCGGAGCAGAGGAAAGGCAUCCUGAAAAACAAAGUCACCUACCCGCCGCCGCUGACGGAGCAGACGCUGAAGGGCCGGCUCCGGGACAAGCUGGCCGACUGCGAGCAGAGCCCCGCGUCCUCGCGCACGUCCUCCCUGGGCUCGGGUGGCCCCGACUGUGCCAUCACCGUCAAGAACCCGCGGAGGGAGCCCGGGCGCGAGCACCUCAAUGGGGUGGCCAUGAACGUGUGCACCGGGAGCGCGCAGGCGGACGGCUCCGACUCCGAAGGCAGUAACGAAACUUCAAUUUGAACCAUCAGGAAACCGUGAGGCGAGCCCGUCACCUGCAUGUCGGCUGCUGUGUCGUCCAGCCCUGGGACCUUGGAGCCCGAGGGACCACUGCCCGUGGAGUGAAGCAGGCCCUGGGUGUGCGGGGUCCCCACAGGGGCCACCCCACAACCCACAGUCCAGACAGAAGGCCCUCAGCUCUCCCAGGGCUCAGGACUAGUCAGACCCGUGACAAGUGCCAAAGCCCGCAGGCGAGAGGGAGGCGUGGACCGCUGGGCCGCGCUGCUUGGUCCCAGACUGCAGACAGAGCCAGAACCGUGCUGCCGGCCCGCCGGGAGCCCCGAGGCUUGCCACGGCGCGAGGAUGCCGGGCACAGACCAAAGACCGAGGUCUGGCCGCCCGCGUGGGCGUCUCCCUGCAGUCCGGGCACGCGGCCAGCAGCCUGGACAGCCCUUCGAGAAGGCGCCCUUGUCUUAAAGCAGCUUACUUUGCUGUGUUGAAAGGUGUAGAUACUUUUGUAUAUUUGUACGGGACUCUGAGAAGGUGGAAAACCUAUGUAUAUUUUGCAACAAGUACUGACUUUGUGAAUACUGAGAGACCAGUGGAAUGAUCUCUCGACUAUUUUUUACGUAAGGAAGAUUGCACAGUUGUACUUGAAUCUGCA